UAGACCGCCACUGUGGGAGACGUCCAGAGGACACUGAGUGCUGAAACAAAGUAGGCUGCGCCAAUAAGACAGAGACGAACCCCGCUUCACGAGAGAGAAAGGAUCAGAGGAUGUCCAGAGCUGACUGGUCCUUCCUGGAGCACCUGCUGGAGGAGGGCCAGGAGUUUUCCACAGGCGUCGGCCGCGUCUGGCUCACCGUGCUUUUCCUGUUCCGUAUGCUGGUUCUGGCAACUGCAGCUGAAUCUGCCUGGGAUGACGAGCAAAAUAACUUCGUCUGCAACACAAAACAACCUGGUUGCACUGCCGUGUGCUAUGACAAAGCCUUCCCCAUCUCCCACUUUCGCUACUUUGUCCUCCAAGUAAUUUUUGUCUCUACACCGACGAUAUUCUACUUUGGAUAUGUGGCUAUAAGGGCUGGGAGGGACAAGAAAGGAGAGGAGGAUGGGGAGAAAGCAGAAGAAGGUGGUGGAGGUAAAAGAGGGGGAAAAGCAAUAGAAAGGGACAAUGUGGAUAAAGACAAUGUAGAGGAGGAGAAACAGGAGGAUGCUGGGAAAGGUAGGAAAGCUGUUAAGGCUCCGUGUGAGGUUCCAAAACUGAAAGGCAGGUUGCUGUGUGCAUACGCAGUCAGCAUCCUGCUUAAAGUCCUCCUGGAAGUCGGCUUCAUCGUAGGGCUGUGGUUCCUUUACGAUGGCUUCUUCAUUUCAGCAAAAUUUGAGUGCACAAAGGUGCCUUGUCCUCACACGGUGGACUGUUUUGUCUCACGACCCACUGAGAAGACCAUCUUCACCAUUUACACUCAGGUGAUCGCCGCUGUAUCUCUGCUCCUCAACCUUUUUGAGCUCCUCCACCUCCUUCAGCUUGCCAUCUCCCAUCGGCUGGAGAAACGCUACCGUGCCCAGCAGCAAAACUACCUACCUCGGUCAGAGCAGGCACCAGCCCGACAGGAGGCUCCAGAACUCCAAACAGAUGGAUUACAGUCCUACAGAGCAGGGAGCCAUAUCAACAUCCCCAUGCAGGGUGAGGCUGGGUGCUACGCCAACCCCUGUGAGAGCUACCGGGAUUUAGCGAUUGAAGUGAACUGGGGCCCAGGGGAGAAUGGGAAUGACCUGCUCCCCAGUUAUAUGAACUGCAUGGGGGCUAUGAAAACAACACAUUCCCCUCAAGUCCAUUAUAAGAAACACACACACCACACUGGGAAAAACAUUAAGGGACACUCAAAGCACAAGCAUUAUGUAUGACGCAGUCAGAUUUGGUGACGCAUUGCUUAUGGCCAUGAAAGCUUUGUUUGGUUUCUUCCACCUCUACUUUUUGGUAUAAAUAAUAUCCUGCUCAAGACACUUGACUAUCAGACGUGAGAGAAACAACUAUUGCACUGUGAACUCGAUGCCUCAGAGGCAGGCAGACAUUCAAACAGAGUUUUACCAGAUAAAUGGGCAUACUCAAAAUGAAACAUUUUAUAAUCACUCCCUAAGGCAAAGAAAAUGAAAGUCCACAAUGAGAGAAGAUUACAGUCAUAAGAUGUUACAUUUAAUGGAUUUUGAUUCUGAAUGUGACAGUGGAAAAAAAAACAAUUUUGCAACUGGGGGUCUGCAGAGGGGCUAGAGCAGUGAUACUCAACUUACAGCCCACAGGCCAAAUCUGGACCCUAACAGUGUGCCCAGUGGUCCCAGAACCAUUUUCUAAUUCAAACUAAAACAAAGUGAUUCACACUGGGAAUUGUUUUUGUACUUUUAGUAUACAUAAGGUGCCAGAGUGCAAAAAACAGCAUCAAAGUAGAGCUUUUUUAAACCAAAAACAAUCCCAGUGGAGGAACCCCUGCAUCCCCUGCCACAUGUCCCGACUAAAACCCUAAUUCCCCAAAUCCUGGAAACAUCCUAAAAUUUGAGAAACAUUCUAAAAUCAUAGAAUUGUUCCAAAUUCCCAGAAACAUCUUA